ACUAAUAAUGCUCACGCAGAAAGGGUCCCUAAAACCCGUGUUAAUAUGUGUCAGCAUGAAACACUUGCAUCAACCUUGUUCAGAUUCCAUUAUUUGCCUAACAGCAAUCAAGAAUAAGCAAGAGGGAAACUUUCUUCAAACAAAGGAAACUAAACCAAGAGGGGAGAACCUUUCUAGUUGUUGGGGUUUUUGUCCCUCUUUUUUUUAAAUGUGAACUUCCUUUGGUGGAAAACCGAAGCACAAGAAGAUUUAUUUUUUUCUUCUUGUGCUUGAACGCCACCACAGAAAGGAAAAGUAAUUUUGAUUCCAAAUACCCUCUUAUUAUUUGGGUGGUUUUCUUUUGAAUAUGGUUAAGAGAAUGGUUCCAAGGAAGGUUGGUAUCCAAGCUGAUCAUGUCAAAUUUGAUAAGCAUUUGGCACUCCUGAAGUCAUCUUCCUCUCAGCACCAAGACGGCAAAAGCAAAGGAUUUGAUAAGAUGAAUGAAAUGAAGGAGUCCAGGUCAAUUAAGCGUUCUGAUUUGGAGCAUCCUCAAUCACCACCUUCAGUCAAGAGCUUAUUCCAAUCAAGACAAGCACCACUUCUUCAUGUUCCAACAAUUGCUGCACUACCACAACAGCAGAAGCCGUUGGUGAGAAGGUCACCAAAUUACAUGAAACCUACAACCAGUUCAGAUGCAAAAAAGGAGCUUUUGCUGGUGAGUCUUCAGAAUACUCCAUCCGGUUCAAAUGGUAAGAAUCCACCACGAAAAUGCUCGAGUAUUUCAAAAGCUACCAAUGUUUCUAGCAAAGAUCCUGCAAAUACUUUGUCAAGAUCAUCUAGUUUGAAUUCGGUGAGAACAUUGACAAAGAGUCCAAGUUUUAUGCCUUGUAAAGCUUGUUCGAGAAAAUCUACUUCAGCAGUUUUGUUUGAAGAUAUGAAUGCACCAGAUAAAGCUACCUGCUCUUCAACUUUGAAAGACUCAAAGUUCCCUGCAUACCUCACGCUUCAUCCUGGGGGAACCGAGUCUGAGGGAGCUUCAGUCAUGAAGGUUUGCCCAUAUGCAUAUUGUUCUCUUAAUGACCAUGGUCAUGCUUCUUUGCCUCCAUUGAAGAGCUUCAUGUCAGCAAGGAGGCAUCUUUUGGAGACUCAGAAGAAUAUAAAGCCAGAAGUUGUGAGCCCUCGGAGAUUGAAGGUGCCACGUGAUACAAAAGAAGACUCUGAUAUUGAGCAAGUUGUCCUUGAUGGAAAACUUCCACGUGAUGAAGCUGAUAAGGGUAACCCAAUAAUCACUUCCUUGGUACAAGAAAUUGAUAGGGAUUUCUUUAUUGAAAUUUAUGAUGAGGAAAAGGAACGAGCUGACAAAAUGGGAAGAUUCAACUCUGUCAAAGACCUUGAGGAUAAAAAAGAUAUGGUUAUUGCAAACGAGAAGAAUGGCACUGCAGCAGAAGAGAAUGACAUCAAGCAAGUUAUUCCAGUUGAAGCAGAUAGCAAGGGGAGCUUUCACUUAGAACAAAAUGCUGAAGAUGCCGAUGAAAACCACCCACCUGGCGGGUUUCAUGAAGAAACCUGUACGAGAAGCUACUGCGAUGGGAAACACCAGGAGAAUAUUGAAUUGGAUGAGUCCGAUUCCCAGUACACUGAUAUGGACUGGGAGGAGGAAAAAUUCCGUGAAUUCAACUAUGAAGAGGAUAUUGGUUCUUCCAUCCGCUCGAUGGAUGAGACUGGCUCAAAACUUGAGUCUUUAUCAGAGUGUUCGCAUGAUACGUGUGAAAUGUGGUUAGAUGACAUCUUUAGCAGCCAUGACGAAGACAUUCUUGUUGAAAAGACACCCCAAGAAGCCGAAGAAAAGAAAAGCACAUGUUUUGAACCACAACAUCAUUGCACUAAUUUUGUCCAAGAAGGAACCAAUGAAAGCAUCGAGUUGGAUACUCAAGAAAAAGAAUAUCCAUCCAACAAUAUGAGUUUUGAGUAUAACCAAUAUACUUUGACAGAGGAAGUAUUUCAGAAUAACACAGAUGCAGGAGAUAACAGUAGAGAAAACGAUAAAUAUGUGGAUUACGAGGCCAGUUGUGUCUCAAUGGUACUUGAUGCAGCCACAGUUGUCAAUAGUGAAGGCCACAAGACUAGUGACACUUGCAAGAUUGAUGAUAGCCAAGACAGCAAAGUAAGCCAAGAGAAUAAUGAUGAUAAAAUAAGGCAGAAUAUAUUGGAGGAAAAUCAAGUUAAAUCUAGUAAGUUUCAGAGCAGAAGCUGCACGGGUGGUGAAGAGCAGCAUACAAGCAAGAAGUGGCAAUGUGCAACUAAGCGCAAGAGGCCUAUGGAAGAUGAUGAGGAAAUGAGAAAGAUCAAUCCCCGAAAGCCGAAUUUGCUGCCCAUGGCUCCUGACCCAGAACCACAGAAGGUUGACCUGAAGCACCAAAUGAUAGAUGAAAGAAAAAACGCAGAGGAAUGGAUGCUUGAUUUUGCACUCAGACAAACUGUCACAAGACUUGCUCCAGCAGGGAAAAAGAAGGUGGCAUUACUAGUUGAAGCUUUUGAAACAGUAAUGUCAAUACCUAAAUGUGAAACUCGCAUGAGAAAUGAUUCACCCUUUGCUCAUGCAAGACCUAUUCAAGCAUGUAGCUGAUGUAAGUUGCUGGGUUAAAAACUGAGGUUUUCUUAUCCCUUCUCUGAUUCCUUUGAAAAGUGCUAUAUUGCACAGGAAUCAAAGGACUAAGACACCCGCAAAAAGGCGAUUUCCAGGACCUGGAGUAAUCUGAAAACCUGUCACAAGGAGUAACUUGUUAUGCAUCUCCUCUUUGAAGAUUGGAGAAAAUUCAAGUUGCAGGGUCGUGUGACUUUUACAUGGAAACUGAAACACGAGUGAGAUUUUGUGGAUCCCCUAAGCUGUGUGGAUUUGCUCCACAAAUUUGUCAUAUUACUUUGGUGAUUACUUUCUUUAUGUUGUGUUUGAUGCACUGAUAUUUUUGUAAUGUUAUAA